AUGCCUUCUACGCUCAAUGUGAGAUGGUACGUUUGGGCGUGCCCAAAGAUCAGCCUCUGGCUGUCCAGCAAUGCACGGGAGCAUGGUAUCGGCCGCCAUUGCACCUUGACCGAAGCUAAGAAGAUGUGCCCGAAUCUGAUUUCUCAGCAUGUAGCCACAUGGCGAGAAGGCGACGACAAAUGGGCCUACCGCGAUGAUGCAGCCGCCAACAUUCAGAGUGACAAGGUCUCUCUUGACCCUUACCGCCUGCAGUCCAGAAAGAUCUUGGCAGUCAUCAAGGAAUCCUUGCCCCAAGACCUCCAAAAGGUUGAAAAAGCCAGCAUAGACGAGGUUUUCUUGGACCUGUCUGCGCAAGUGCAUUCCGUUCUGCUGGAGCGGUUUCCGGAACUCGGGAACCCACCUCCAUACGACGACCCUACUGAGAAUCUGCCCAGCCCGCCUGUCUCAGCAUUAGAUUGGCAAGCAGAUGCUCUCAUCGAUCUGAACGAGGAGGAGGAGUCUGUGGACCCGGACUGGGACGACGUGGCGAUCCUCAUUGGGUCCAAAAUUGUACGAGACGUUCGACGUCAGGUCCUGGAAAAGCUCUUUUACACAUGUUCGGCCGGCGUUGCCAAGAACAAGCUGUUAAGCAAGUUAGGCUCCGGUCACAAAAAGCCCAACCAGCAGACUGUGAUCCGGAACCGAGCCGUGGAUCAAUUCCUGUCUGGUUUCAAGUUCACAAAGAUGCGCAAUCUCGGGGGAAAGCUCGGCGAAAACGUUGUUACGACCUUCAACACUGAUGCCGUCAGUGAACUGCUGCCCAUUCCUUUGGAUCAGAUGAAGGCAAAGCUGGGGCAUGAAACGGGAACAUGGGUAUACAACACCAUUCGAGGUAUCGACAACAGCGAAGUCAACUCUCGUACACAAAUCAAGUCCAUGUUGUCAGCCAAAUCCUUCCGACCUUACAUCAACACGCCCGAGCAAGCUGUAACAUGGGCAUCGGAGCCUUUCUGCUCAAAGGAGAGGAAGCCCAAGCCCUAA